UUUCCUCCUCCUCCUCCCUCCGCCUGGUUUUGCAUGGUGGAGAGCGGAGGCUUCUCUUUCUCCUUCCUGCUUCAGACCCUGACAGCUCCAGGGGCAGGGCCCGGGAACCGCUCCGGCGGCAGUGUAGACUAGAAAAGAAGGGGGAGGAGGAGAGUGAGGGGAUAGUAGGUAUAUAGGUAGGCAGCCAGGCGCCCCAUCAUGUCCUCCUCAAGCAACGAGCUGAAAUCCGAGCUCUUUUACCUCGUUGCCAGAUUUCUGGAAGAUGGACCGUGCCAGGAGGCAGCUCAGGUCUUGAUCAGAGAAGUGGAGAAGAAGGAGCUGCUGCCCAAGAGGGUGGACUGGACGGGCAAGGAGCACCCCCGGACCUACCAGAAUUUGGUAAAAUAUUACCGACAUUUAGCACCAGACCAUUUAUUGCAAAUAUGCCAGAGGGUAGGACCACUUCUCGAGAAAGAAAUUCCUCAAAGUGUACCUGGUGUGCUAACACUACUAGGAGCUGGACGCCAGUCUCUGCUGCGCACAAACAAAAGCUGCAAACAUGUUUUAUGGAAAGGCUCAGGCCUUGCUGCAUUACACUGUGGACGACCCCCAGAGCUGCCUGUCAGUUACGGAAACUCACCAAGUAUAGGAAAUACACUUUUUGCAAGAAAGCUAAAUGGAAAGUACAAAUUUGAGACACUAGUCCCAACAGCCGUUUAUCAGCAUAUGAAGAUGCACAAGAGGAUUUUGGGACAUCUCUCCUCUGUUUACUGUGUAACUUUUGAUCGGACUGGCCGAAGGAUAUUUACAGGCUCUGAUGACUGCCUGGUAAAAAUAUGGUCAACAGAUGAUGGCCACCUCCUGGCAACAUUAAGGGGGCAUGCUGCUGAAAUCUCCGACAUGGCUGUGAAUUAUGAAAAUACAAUGAUUGCUGCUGGAAGCUGUGACAAGAUGAUCAGAAUCUGGUGCUUGAGGACAUGUGCCCCACUGGCCAUUUUACAGGGUCACAGCGCUUCCAUAACUUCUCUACAGUUCUCGCCACUGUGCAGUGGAUCUAAGCGAUUCCUCUCCUCUACUGGAGCUGAUGGAACAAUUUGCUUCUGGCUUUGGGAUGCAGGAACUCUAAAAAUAAAUCCCCGUCCCAUAAAGUACACAGAGAGACCACGACCGGGGGUUCAAAUGAUCUGCUCCUCUUUCAGUUCUGGAGGGAUGUUUCUAGCUACAGGGAGCACUGACCACAUGAUAAGAGUUUAUUAUUUUGGCUCCGGUCAACCAGAAAAGAUUUCUGAAUUAGAGUUUCACACAGAUAAAGUGGAUAGCAUCCAGUUUUCAAAUGGUAGUAGUCGGUUUGUAAGUGGGAGUCGUGAUGGGACUGCUCGCAUUUGGCAGUACAAGAAAAAGGAGUGGAAGAGCAUUUUAUUAGACAUGGCUACUCGACCUACUGGCGCACAAGGUGUAGAAGACAAGACAACAAAACUUAAAGUUACCAUGGUGGCUUGGGACCGUCAUGAUAAUUCCGUGAUCACUGCAGUCAGCAACAUGACUUUAAAAGUUUGGAACUCAUACACUGGACAACUCAUCCAUAUCCUUAUGGGGCAUGAAGAUGAAGUUUUUGUACUCGAAUCCCAUCCCUUUGAUCCAAGAGUGUUGUUUUCUGCAGGUCAUGAUGGCAAUGUCAUAGUAUGGGAUCUAGUCCGAGGAGUUAAAAUUCGUUCUUACUUUAACAUGAUUGAAGGACAAGGGCACGGAGCCGUGUUUGACUGUAAAUGUUCUCCAGACGGUCAGCACUUUGCUUGCACAGACUCGCAUGGUCAUCUGCUGAUUUUUGGCUUUGGUUCUAGUAGCAAAUACGACAAGAUCGCAGAUCAAAUGUUCUUUCACAGUGAUUAUCGACCUCUUAUUCGUGAUGCCAACAAUUAUGUUCUGGAUGAACAAACGCAACAAGCACCCCACCUGAUGCCACCACCAUUCUUGGUAGAUGUUGAUGGCAAUCCUCAUCCACAACGAUUCCAGCGUUUAGUACCUGGCCGUGAAAACUGCAGGGAUGAACAACUUAUUCCUCAAAUGGGAGUUACUGCCUCAGGGCUGAACCAAGUACUCAGCCAGCAAGCAAAUGAUGAAGUCAGUCCUUUGGACAGUCUUAUUCAGAGGCUUCAGCGGGAACAAGACCAGAGGAUAAAUCCAGGGACUGGGAACACCAACAGUCGCAUGGCGAGAGCUUCAAUCGGCUCCAAUCCAGAAGUUCAUUCCCCCCCAAAUAUUGGCUUAAGACGCAGCGGUCAGAUUGAAGGUGUUCGACAAAUGCAUAGCAAUGCUCCCCGCAGUGAGAUGGCAACUGAAAGGGAUCUAGUGGCCUGGAGUCGGAGAGUGGUAGUUCCUGAACUCUCCCCUGGAGUAGCCAGUAAACAGGAAGAAUGGCGAACAGCAAAAGGUCAAGAAGAAAUACAUCUCUAUAAAGCAGAAGAGAAAAAGAAAACUGUACCCAGUCAUAGUGUGAGAGAAAAUAAAGUAGCCACUUCUUCAAAGAAUCACACUGCUGAACUGUUACUUGAUCCUGGGGAUUCAGGAAAGCAGCUAUCUGGCCAACACAAUUAUCGCACUAGAGCUGCCCUGGAAGAGCCAGCAGGGACAACAGAAGACCUGGAGAAUGAAAACAGCUCCUCAGAUGAGGCAGAUGCGGAAAGUGAAGCAAUAGCUGCAAGUGGUGUAACAUCAGAUGACGAGGAAAAAACGGGUUGGAACAGUGAUGGUAGCAGUUCAAGUGAUUGCUCAAGUGAUUACUCAGACUGGACUGCUGAUGCUGGAAUCAAUCUGCAACCACCAAAGAAAACGCCUAAAGUAAAAAAAAAAAAAGCAGAAAGCAGCUCUGAAGAUGAAGGGGCUGAAAAGUUUAAACAGAAGCAGAGUAAAAAAGAAAGAAAGAAGGGUACUGAAGAAAAAGAUGGCCCAUCUGCAUCGCCAAAGAAAAAGAAGCCAAAAGAAAGGAAGCAGAAGCGUUUAGCAGUUGCAGCCCUUACAGAGGAAGGCUUGAACCUUGAAGAGUGGCUGCCAUCUGUGUGGAUUACUGACACUGUUCCAAGGAGAUGCCCUUUUGUGCCUCAGAUGGGUGAUGAGGUAUACUAUUUUCGCCAAGGGCAUGAGGCAUAUGUUGAAAUGGCCAAAAAGAAUAAAAUUUAUCGGAUAAAUGCCAAGAAACAACCCUGGCAUAAAAUGGAGUUGAGGGAGCAAGAACUCAUGAAGAUAGUUGGAAUUAAAUAUGAAGUGGGUUUGCCGACCCUCUGUUGUCUUAAACUUGCUUUUCUUGACUCUGAUACUGGCAAAUUGACUGGAGGAGCAUUCACAAUGAAGUAUCAUGACAUGCCAGAUGUAAUAGACUUUUUAGUACUUCGACAGCAGUUUGAUGAAGCAAGACGUAGACAUUGGAGCAUUGGCGACAGAUUUCGGUCAGUGAUUGAUGAUGCCUGGUGGUUUGGCACUAUAGAAAGUCAGGAGCCACUGCAGUCACAGUAUCCAGACAGUUUAUUCCAGUGCUACAAUGUCUGUUGGGACAAUGGUGAUACAGAGAAGAUGAGCCCUUGGGAUAUGGAACUCAUACCCAACAAUGCUUGCCAAUCCCUAAAUGUGGUCUGCACUAGUUUUACCGGUGAUCCAGCCACUGUUUUUCCUGAGGAGUUGGGCACCAGUGUACCGUUGACAGAAAUUGAGGUACGGUCGUUGCUCUACAGGACCUUGGAUGGAGAGUGGGGGUGUAGAAGCCGAGAUGACGAAUGUGAGAGAAUCAUUGAUGGCAUCAAUCAGCUGAUGACUCUAGACAUUGCUUCUGCCUUUCUGGCUCCUGUAGACCUCCAAGCCUACCCAAUGUACAGCAUGGUUGUGGCAUACCCAACUGACCUUAGUACCAUCAAACAGCGACUGGAAAACAGGUUCUACAGGCGUCUGUCUUCGCUAAUGUGGGAAGUACGAUAUAUAGAGCACAACACUCGAACUUUUAAUGAACCUGGAAGUCCAAUUGUAAAAUCAGCCAAGUUUGUCACAGAUAUUUUACUGGCAUUUAUAAAAGACCAGAGUUGCUAUGAUAUCAUUCCACAGUACAACAUCAUGAAGAAGCUGCUAUUGUCAGACUCUGAAGAGGAAGAAGAAAAAGAUGCAGAUUUACCUGGGACAUCCACUAGGAAGAGCAAGGAAUAUCGGCCAAGGAGAACACUGCGUAGCCGAGCCCAGUCUUAUGAUAUACAGUCUUGGAAGAAGCAAUGCCAGGAGCUGUUAAAUCUAAUUUUUCAGUGUGAAGACUCUGAACCUUUCAGGCACCCUGUUGACGUCCAUGAAUAUUCAGAUUAUAGAGACAUUAUAGACACACCUAUGGAUUUUGGAACAGUAAAAGAAAAACUUGAGGCUGGGACUUACAAAUCUCCUACGGAAAUGUACAAGGACGUGAGGCUAAUUUUCAGUAAUUCAAAGGCUUAUACACCAAGCAAAAGAUCAAAGAUCUAUAGCAUGAGUUUGCGUUUAUCUGCGUUCUUUGAAGAGCGUGCCGGCGCCAUUUUAACAGAUUAUCGCUCUGCCAUCAAAUUUCAUCAGAGGAGCACGAUACCCAAACGCAAGAAGAAAAGGAAUCGGAGCGACUCUUCCAGCAGCAGUGCAGCAUCUAGUCCUGAAAGAAAAAGAAAAUAUGCGAAGCACCAGCCAAAGCAGGAAAACGCAGCAAUGCCUUCAGGACUGCCCAACCCACGUUCAGCAGUUCAAAAGGUGCCAACUGCUCAAACAAAUGGCAAGGGAGCAGAAUCCAGUCCAUUGGCCCGCACAAGGAGUUACAGGCGUUCGAUAGAGCCAGUUUCUGCUGAUAAACCAUCUACUUCUUCACCUAAACCCAUGACAACAAGAUUGAAUAAUGCUGCAGGAAAAACAGUAGCAAUAGAUGAAAACUCAAUUAAACAUAGAAAUCAAAGUACUCCAAGCAGUACCAGCCAGCCAAUGACAACCACCCAGCUUAAAAAGAACACUGUGCCCAAAGAAAACCUGGAAAAGGAGAAGCCUCUGAAACGCAAAAUUAAAGGGAUGAACAGUCAACCACAAGCUGAAAGAAAUGAAGGUGCAGUGCCAGUAAGUGUUCAAGUUAAUGGACACAGCAGCCAGGUCAAGAAGCCAGGUGUGAGAGGUCGCCCCCCUGGCCGCAAACCGAAGAUGGUUAACAACAACGCUAGUAACAGUGACCCAAAUAAUAGCGUUCAAGUGGUUCCAAAGAAAAGGGGGCGGAAGCCAAAAUUUCCCAGGAACGAUGAUCGGCAACAAAUUGUACCCCAGGUCACACCUCAUACCAAACAGGUCAGGCCUGUUCCCCCAGUUAAAAAGGAAAAGGAACUGCCGACUUCAUCCAGCUGUAACUCUCAUGCAGAGCUGAAAGUUAAGAAUGAGAAUGAGGUACCAAAAAAGCGGAGGGGUAGAAAACCAAAAAUAAGAAUUGAUCAUACAGAGAUUGAUGCUGCUCCUUCCCCUCCUCCUUCUCCCCCUCCUUCUCCUCCUCCUCCUCCUCCUUCUCCACCUCCACAGUCAUUACCAACACAGACAGUGCCAGAAAAUGUGGAACAGGAACUUGUUAAAAUACAGACAAGAAGUAAAUGUAAAAAGGUUGAGGAACCUAUGGAUGUAUCCAGAGAGACUACUGAAGGCCUUGAUGAUUCUGAAUCCCAAAUGAGAACUAGAAAUCAGGGCAGGAGAACUGCAUUUUAUAAUGAAGAUGACUCUGAGGAGGAACAAAGGCAGCUGCUGUUUGAGGACACUUCUUUGACUUUCGGAACCUCAAGCAGAGGAAGAGUACGGAAAUUAACAGAGAAGGCUAAAGCCAAUUUAAUAGGCUGGUGAAAAUGUACUCUAAGGCAGCUCUACUUAAGUACUCCUACUUUAGAGUGCUGCUAUAAAGAAUUGGAAACCCUUCCAGGGGAAGGAAACAUUUUUUUCAUUGGGUUGGUGUUUUAAGUGUUUGUUUAUUGCCUAUGGAUUAGGUUUAAGCAUUUCAGUAUAUGUAGUCCUCAGACUAAAAGCCUUUAACAAAAUAAUAUCUGACACAAGUGGGUACAUUAUACUAAAUGCAAAAAUGGCAUCUGUUUGGGAAAAUUUCUCGACAUUGGUAGCUAGCUGAGAAAUAUAAGGAAGGAAAAAUAUGCUACCAAAUGUUAACCUCUGCUGACGGGAAAAAUACCCAAUUUUAAUCCCAGACUUUGUACAUUAUCUUUUACAUAGGCAGUGAAAUAUCCUAUAUAUACGUAAGCAGGUAUAUAAUUAUAUAUACUUAUAUAUCCACAUUGGAAAAUAUUUCAUUUAUGUCUAAUUUUGCAGACCGCGAUUCUAGUACCAAUCAAUAAUUCAGAUUAGUGUGCCAAAGACUGAGACUCAAUGCAGUUAAAGCUUAUGAUUUCUGCCUGUCAGAAUAGCGCACAAUCUUUGUGUAUAUAAGACAUACAAAACAACUUGUAUAUUGCUUUUGAGAAUAUUGUAAGCUGUGUUCACUUAAUCCCAUUUUGGUACUUUUAUUAAAAAAUGCAGUGGCAGGGUUGUUUUAAAAGAUGUUUUAAAAUGGGUUUUAAAAAAAAGAUGUAACAACGUGAUAUUUAGGUGAAAAAAUUGACUUUUUAUUUUAUUUUAUUUUUUCCAGCAAAUGUGAGGUUCAGAAGCACUGGUUUUUGCCAUUUAUUGUGUUACUCCUUUUACUUUAUAAAGGCCAAAUCUAGUUUGUCAUGGA